GUGACGGCGGAAACCAGGGAAGUCUCUGAAAAAACUGUGGAGGCUGUCGAAGCAGCCAUAAAGGAAGCUGUAGCAGAAGAGGUCACUGAACAAGAAGCUGCCCCAACUACGUCUCUGGAGAAAGAGCAAGCUGUUGCUGAAGAGGAGGCCUCCUUGUCACCUUCAGAGGAGGAGCCAGCCGUGAGCACAGAGGCCUCUACAGAGCAAGUAGAACAAGAAAAUGCUGCACCUGUAGCAGAGACUGAAACAGCAGAGACCUCUCCUGUGCUUGAAGCAAGUUCAGACAAUGUCCCGGAGGAGCUGGUCUCAGCAGCGGAAGACUGGUCAGAGCUCUCAGCUAGGAAACCAGAAGAAUCAGUUGAGGAGAAUUCAGAUGCAGCACAAGAGAGUGAAGAGGCUGUAGAAUCUGAAGUUGCUGCAAGUUCCUAA